UUACGCUCCCCCAGCUUCGGUUGGGCGGCUUUGUCCCCUUGGGGGUGGGGGAAGCGAACAACGUGCGUCUGCGCGCCGGUUGGUGCAGCCCCAGAUCCCCAGAGACAGAGACAGCUGGAUUCCCCGCUGCUGCUUCGCUGCGUGGCCGAGAGGCUGCCCAGCCCCCAGACUCCAGUUCUUCAGGAAAGCAAAGGCAAAACUCAGAGAAGAUAUCCAGGCCCGGUCCUGAGGCCUUUCCUCCGGCCAGGUCAGAGAGAGCCCAUCUUGGAGCUGCCUGCAUGGGGAGUAGUCCCUGAUUAUCCCGCCCCCAGGAAAGUGAGAACACUGAGAAGAUGUCCAGUAAAGGCGCCAAGAUGCUCAAGGAGAAAGCUCUCCCUUCUCAAGAGCAGACUGUGAAGGAGGAUCACAAGAGAAGAGGCCACAAGAAAAGAGCAGCUGCUGCCGUCCACUUGGCCAGAAUUCAGGGACUGGUGACCUUCAAAGAUGUGUCCGUGGACUUCUCCAGGUCUGAGUGGAAACAGCUGAAACCUGCUCAGAAGGACUUAUACAGAGAUGUGAUGCUGGAGAACUAUAAGAACCUGGUCUCCCUGGGGCUUCAGACUUUUAAACCAGAUGUGAUCUCCCGCCUGGAGCAAGGGGAAGUACCAUGGAUUCCAGCAGGCCACGUCCCAAAAGAUUCCUCUCAUCACAAGACUAUCUGUGAAACCAAGAAGUCAGCUCCAAAGCAGGAUACCUGUGUCAGAGAAUCCUCUAAGAAAAGAUUCACAAAAGAGAACCAGCCAGAUUCAAAGCUUAGAAAAGUUUCAGGAGGCAAUAGCCAGCCAGAGAUACAGAAGGGAAAGCUGGAAAAACAAUCCAAGAAGGAAGCACUCAGUCACAACAAAACUUCCAAUGAGCCAAGGGCCCAUAACUACAAUACAUUUGAGAGAAAAUGUAACCCAGGGUCAAUACCUACUCCACAACAGUCAGUACCAGUGCAAAAAAGUGUUCAUAAAUGUGAUAUAUCUAGAGAGAGCUUCUUUAAACAGCUUUCAGAACUAAUUAAACAUAGCAAAAUCUCCUUUGGGAAAAAUAUUUGUAAGUAUAAUAACGAUAAGCAAACUUUAAGUAACCACGCAGAUUCUACUCAAAACCAUGAAAGACAUAAUGGAGAAAAACUUGUUAAAGAUAACAAAUGUGGGAAGGAUGACAUGCCCAAGAAACCCCAUACUGAACAUCAGAGAGGUCAUACAAAAGAUAAACGCAAUAGAUGUAACGAAUGUGGGAAAACCUUCACCCGAAGCACAGGACUUGCUGAACAUAAGAAAAUUCAUAAUGGAGAGAAACCCUUUGAGUGUGAUGAAUGUGGGAGAGCCUUCACAGCAAAGGGAAGACUUAAUGAACAUCAGAAAGUCCAUACAGGAGACAAGCCUUAUAAAUGUCACGAAUGCGGGAAAGCCUUCACCGGAAGAGGUCGGCUCAAUGAACACCAGAAAGUUCAUACAGGAGACAAGCCCUAUGAAUGUAAUGAAUGUGGAAAGGCCUUCAUACAGAAGGGUACACUUCUUGAACAUCAGAAUGUUCAUACUGGAGAGAAACCCUAUGAAUGUAAACAAUGUGGGAAAGCCUUUAGACAGAGGGGACAACUUCGUGAGCAUCAAAAAAUUCAUACUGGAGAGAAACCUUAUAAAUGUCAUGAAUGUGGGAAAGCUUUCUCAGGAAAGGGACGACUUACUGAUCAUAAGAAAAUUCAUUCAGCAGAUAAACCUCACAAAUGUAAUGAAUGUGGAAAAGGCUUCAUCCAAAGGUCACACCUUAUUGACCAUCUAAAAGUUCAUACAGGAGAGAAACCUUAUAAAUGUAAUCAAUGUGGGAAAGCUUUUAUAAAGAAGGCAUUACUUAAUGGGCAUCAGAAAAUUCAUACUGGAGUGAAACCCUAUGAAUGUGAUCUUUGUGGGAAAGCAUUCACACUGAAAGGACGACUUAAUGAGCAUCUGAAAAUUCAUACUGGAGAGAGACCCUAUGAAUGUGAUCACUGUGGGAAGGGCUUCAUAGUGAAGGCACGCCUUACUGAGCAUCUGAAGAUUCAUACCGGCGAGAAACCUCAUAAAUGUGCUGAGUGUGGGAAAUCCUUCACACAAAGUGGACAACUCACUGAACAUCUGAGAAUUCAUUCUGGCUUAAAGCCUUUCAAAUGUAGUCACUGUGGAAAAGCCUUCACACAUAAGGGACGACUUGGUGAACAUCAGAAAAUUCAUACUGGAGAGAAACCCCAUGAAUGUAGUCAGUGUGGCAAAGCCUUCACACAAAGUGGACAGCUUAAUGAACAUAUGAAAAUUCAUACUGGGGAGAAACCAUAUGAAUGCAAGCAAUGUGGAAAAGCCUUUACACGGAAGGAAAGACUUAGUGAACAUGAGAGAAUUCAUACUGGAGUGAUACCCUAUGAAUGUAGUGAAUGUGGAAAAGCCUUUACACGGAAGGAAAGACUUAGCGAACAUCAGAGAAUUCAUACUGGAGCAAAGCCCUUUGAAUGUAAUGAAUGUGGAAAAACCUUCAGUCGACGGACAUCCUUCUUUUAUCAUCAGAAGACUCAUACUACAUAAAAACCUUAUGAAUGUAAUGAAUGGGGGGAAAUCCUUGUCCAUAGGAUAUCCCAUAUCAUCAGAGAAAUCUUACUAGAAAAAACUGUAAUGAAUGUGGGAAAUCCUAUAGGAACAGCUCAAAUCUUAAAAGUAUAAAAUAAUUUAUAUCAAAAAGAAUCUCUGAAAAAAGCAUAUAAAAUAUAAUUUUAUUAUGAAGUUAUUCACACUGGAGAGAAACAUGAAUGUAGUACAUGUGAUAAAGCAUUCAUCAACAACUCGAACUUUAAGAGCCAUGAAAUAACCUAUAGUGAAGGAAAAUCUAUAAAUGCAAUGAAUGAAAGCCAUCAGAAACAACUUGAGUGCUAUGAAUCAUCUUUGAACUCAUAUAUUCACACAAAAAAUGAGUGUAAUGAAUAUGUGAAAUCCUUCAGAUAAGAUGGUUUAUUAAAUCAGAAAAUUCAUGGGGGAGAAAAACUCUAUAGAUGUAAUAGUUUCCUAAUGUUCGGCUAACCUUGCAUCCCUAGCAUAAAUCCAAGUAGAACAUAAUGAGUAGUUUUUGGAUGUAUUGCUGUAGUCUCUGUUAAAUGUUAUUUAAACAUGUUGCAUCAAUAUAUUAAUCUUUAGGUUUUAUUCCCUCUGCUUUAUCCCUUCCUGGUUUGGGUAUCAGGACCAUUUUUGUCUCAUAAAAUGAGAUUGGUAGAGUGCCUUCUUUAUUAUUGAGAAAAGUUUUUAAAUUGCUCCUUAAAAUAUUUUUUUUAGAAUUCACUUGCUUUUUGGACCAAGAGUUUUUGUUUGGUAGCUCAUUUAUGGCUCAUUUAACUUUGCUAUGUAAGACUAGGUUUUCUGGCACCUCUAUGUUUUGUGUUGGUAAUAUGAUUAAUUUAUAUUUUUGUAGAAGACCCAUUUUCUUUACAUUUUCAGUCUUUCCAGCAUCUUCAUUGUGCAUAACAGUUUCUGAUAAUAUUUUGUCUGUUCAUUAUAAAUUUGCAUUGGUUAUUUUCAUUUUGGCUAUUUGAUCUCUCUCUUUCUCUCUUUAUCAGUUUAGCUAAUGGCUUAAUCACUACUGUUUGUCCUGACCUGUGAUUUCAUUAGUGUGGGAAACUCCUUAUAUGAAAACUCUUUCCACCAGUGCAUAUCAACAAAUGUUCUGCAGCUUACAAUUUUAGAGGUUAAGUGACUUGUCCAUGGCCAUAUAACCAAGUUGUGUCAGAGGCAAGACUUGAGGUCUUACUGACUUAAAGGUUAGCCUUUUCUUUUAGCUGCAUUGCUGAUUUACAUCUCUAAUUACUUCAGUGGAUUCUCAAAUUGCAUAAAAUUGAGGCCAUUUACCUUCUUGGUUGCCUUCCUCUAGACUGUCAUUUCUUCCCCUUUAACCAAUGAUUUGCUUUUUUAGCAUUACUGGACACCUCUGAUACUAUUCCUUUUUUAAUCUCAUCAUACAUAGCUGUUGCUUUUUAUAGUUUCUAGUUUAAAAGUUGUUUAGGAGCUUUUCUUGCUCUCCCUUUUUCCAUUUUUGACCAAACUCCUUGGUAUCAAGUGAAGAUUUCCCACAAAAAAAUGUUCUUUAUGACCCUGGUAUUAGUCCUUACUAGAUUCACUCCAUCUAUCGUAUCUGCAUCUUGAAUCAUGUAUGAUACCAAAUGUCAAACUCCAUUGCCUGCUGGCAUGUUAGCUAGCUAAUCACUGUCCAAAUUCUCCUUUCUCUAUCAUUGCAGUCUUCAUUUGGAAGUAGUGAAGCAAACCUUCUCCCUGUAAUACAUUUCAACAAAUAAUCAAAAUCACCAUACAUUUAUUAAGGGCCUACUAGUUCAAGGCAUUAUGUUCAGGGCUAGUGAUACAAAGAUCACUAUAUGACACAGGUUCUGCAUUCAAAGAGGCUACAGUCUGAUGGGAAAAGGACAGGUACACCAAAAGCUGUGAUAAUAGAGCAAAUUGCACGUACAGAUGAGAGGUCUAACCAAAAUACUAAGAGAGAUCACUUUCCCCUGGAUGACAAGGGACAAUCAGAGAAGGCUUUCUCUAGGGCCACUAGGUAGGGCAAUGGAUAAAGUGCUGAACCUAAAGUCAGGAAGGCUUAAAUUCAAAUCUUGCCUUAGACACUAUCUGUGUGACUCUGGACAAGUCACUCAACUUGUCUGCCUCAGUUUCCUCAACUGUAAAAUGGGGAUCAUAAUCGCACCUACCUCCCAGUGUUGUGAGGCACAAAUGAGGUUAUAUUUGUAAAGUGCUUUGCAAACCUUAUAAUACUAUACAAAUGGUAGCUGCUGUUGUGCUUCAUAGAGAAGGCGGACAUGGUGGAGGACAAGGAAUGAGUUCAUUCCAUGGAUGAGAGUGGUGGCAAUUAAGUCGUGGAGGUACAAACAUACAAAACAAGAACGAGGCCUGACACUUCAUUCAGGUUGGUGGGGACAUGGGA